AUGUUCUUUGGGAUCUGGAAGAAAAUUGAAGAUGUCAAGAGCCUGCAGUUCCAGGCCUUCCACACCUACUCCUCUUUGGGUUUGAAGCUGCUGGAGGAUGCAGAUGCCCUGGAGGAGGCGGGAUUGUUCUUCUGUGAGUUGUCUGAGGAGAAGCUGGAGGGCUACUUCUAUCUGAUAGAGCUGCAGAAAUGUUGUUCCCUGUGCUUCUUCAACGAACCCUCUGAGCCUGACCUAGAUCAACCUAGUUGGAAGGGACUACAGGAGGCCAUGGAAUUUGCCUUAGAGCUGGAGAAGAGGCUGAAACUGGCUGUCAGGAUCCUCUGUCAUAAAGCUUUCAUGUGUGGGUACUCUGAGGUCUGUGACUUACUGAUGAAUCACUUAAUGGAAAAAGAAGAGGAGGUUGUGGAGCAGAUACAGGCCCACAUGGACACUGUACAGCCUGGCAACCCAGCAGGAGCAGGGUCAGCACUUCUAAUGCUCCCUGCAGCCCAAGGAUGA